AUCCAACAACGCGACCUCUUCAAAUACAACAGAAACCAUGUCUCUCAACCAAAUCGCAUACAUCUUGGGCGUCCUCACCGCAGGCGGAGGCAUCACCGGCUACGCGCGCGCCGGCUCCGUGCCUUCUCUCGCCGCCGGCUGCUCCGUCGGCGCCCUCUACCUCAUCGGCGGCUACCGCAUCCAGAACCGACAGACGUAUGGCAUCGAGCUUGCCCUGCUGGCCAGUGUCGUUCUUGCCGGCAGCAGCAUCCCGCGUGCGCUCCGGUCGCAGAAGCCGCUGCCGAUCGCGUUGAGUGUGUUGGCGGCGCUGGGGCUGUACAACUUUGGGGUGGCAUUCGCCAACAGGAGAUAGGACUUCAUGGAAGCGAGGAUUGGGUGGACUCAGGCAGAAUGAUGUACCAUUGUUGAAGGGAGAUGGAAAAAGCGGUACGGGGCGGUUGUAUCAGAGCUUACUGCUGAUGCAUGCGAUUUACUUCCACGCUAUGGCUGCUGUUAAGGAGGGCAA